GGUAAGCGAUGCAGAGAAACCGUUGUAUGAUGGUUGUUCAAAAUUCACAAGAUUGUCUGCGGUGUUAAAGUUGUACAACUUAAAGGCGGACAAUGGAUGGUCGGAUAAAAGUUUCACAGAGUUAUUAGCCCUUACGAAAGAUAUGCUACCAGAGGAUAAUGUUCUUCCCAAUCGAACGUAUGAAGCCAAAAAGAUGUUGUCCUCUAUUGGCAUGAGCUAUGAUAAGAUACAUGCAUGUCCAAACGAUUGCGUUUUGUUUCGAAACGAGUAUGCAGCGUUGAAUGAGUGUCCUAAAUGUGGUGCCCCUCGAUAUAAGAAAAAGUUGUCUCCUGCUAAAGUCUUAUGGAUGAAAGUGUCUUCGGUGUUGAAUUCAAGUCACUUAUUACAAUUGAUGACUUGGAGGAGAUUUUUAGGCAUGAUCAACUAGGCGUCAGUAACAUGCACUCAUACAUCCGGUUGUUGUAUGACAGAGUGUUGCGCGGGAAUCCAUUGUCUAACAGAUUCCGUUUCGUGUCUUCCGCCCAUUGCAGCGGAAUGGCAAUUGCUUCGGAACCGGAAUCAGUUAGACAGCGCUUAGUCGAUAGAUUCAUGUCCACCGGCAAUACAGAAAGUCUGCAUCUUUGGGCGUAUAAUACCCGACCAGUAGGAGCACACUGGUUGCUGCUUGCUAUCAACCCUAUAAGGGAAGUCGUGUAUUAUCUGAAUUCGGUAAAUGGUGAAUGGACCAAUUAUCCGGCUAUGAAGGACAUCGUUGAUUUAUCAAUACAAGUGUUCCGAAGUCAACGGGACGCACAGGUAUCCCGGACUAAAUCUAACAACAUUACUUGGAUCCAAGUGCAGUGUCCGCAACAGCGAAACAGUUACGAUUGCGGAUACUUUGUAUUGAGGUUUAUGAAAGAAAUCCUUCAGGCGAAUCAAUUAGAGAUUCCGCUCACGUACCUUGACGAAUUCCGUGCUGCUGGGUACCCGAGACUUAAGUUGGAAGAAAUAAAAGAGGAUUUGUGUCAAUUUUAUAUUAAGCAAUUUUUCAUGUAGGAUUUGUGUCGAUUUGAACUAUAAUAUUAUUGAUGUUGUAAUGAUGUAUAUAUAUAAUUUUGGAUA